GAUUCGUGGUUUUCACUUGUUGUCGGAACAUAAUUUCUGGGAAAAAGUGAGCUAAAAUUCUCACAGCAGAAUGAUGGAAAACAUGGGACGCAUGAAUUUUAAGCUUCCCACUUUGUUCUUGAUCAUCACUCUUCUUUCUGUUGGAGCCUUUUCUUUGCCAUCACCAGGCGAUCCAGCUUGCAGGUUGAAUUUCAGCACAUUCCCUUACAGGCCAAUAGGUGGAUGCACUAAUGUAAAGGAAAAGCUCAAGGACUGGAAUGGUUUCCCCAAAACAAGCUGCUGCCAGAAUGUCCUUGUCGUUUUCUCCCACGCCUUAGCCGUUCAGGCUUAUAGAGAUCCAUCAGGGCACAUCUUUGUCGGGCGAGAGCAGUGGAGUAACUGCAGUGGACCCUUUCAUCUCCAGCCCGAAGUGUCAGUUCAGACCUGUGGCUUUGAUGAUUUCUUCUACGGUAGUGGCAAAUGCUCGACUCUUCGGCUCUCAGACGUGGAUCACAACGUCGUUCUCCAGUGCUCCCGUUUCGGUUCUUCUUCGUUUGGUGAGGCCUGUGGAGGCUGCACCUCUGCAAUAUUGAUAGCAUUGGAUCGAAUGUUGCAUGAUAUGAAAGUUGAUACAAGUGAUCAUACUGAGAAAGCUGUCUGUCUUGUUAGUCUUAUCGUCUCAGUGAUAGCUGGGAAAACGAAUAAUACCUCAGGGAUCGAUGAUUUCGACAGAUGCUUGCCUGCUCUGGCUGUACCAGAAUUGGUGAAUUACAUCAAACUCAAUAGUAAUGUGGCUGAAGCUCUGUUGUCAGUGACUCUGGUGAUGAUUGCGUUAACGGCUGUCGUCACGCUGAUAACAUGCGUGCGGAAGAAUCAAGAGCAAGAGAAGAAACCUCUCCUGAACAAAGACGUUAUGGCCACAUGCUCUGGUCUCUACCGGUUCUCCAAAGCUGAGAUUGGGAAUGCAAUCAACUGUGGGAAUAUAAAGGUUUGCUUAGGAAGCGGCCGUGCAGGGCGCGUCUACAAGGGCAUGCUUCCCAGUGGACAAGUAGUGGCAAUCAAGCAGAUAUACAGGAUUAAUACGUUGGAUACAUUUACUGGGGAAAUUGAACUUCUUUCGAGAGUCAGGCAUCCAAACAUCGUGUGUCUUUUAGGUUACUGCAUUGAAAAUUGGGAACAAUAUUUAGUCUAUGAAUACUGUUCUAAUGGAAAUUUAGCUCAGCAUCUCCUAAGGAAAGACACUGUCCUAACAUGGGAUUUAAGAGUCAAAAUCUUGAGGGACUGUGCAUUUGCACUCAAGUAUCUCCAUAAUCACGUCGAUGGCAGCAUCAUUCACAGAGAUAUCAAGGCAAAACUCAGUACUUCAUAACAUGAAUUAGUGUCAUUUACUUAUAAAAAGCACUUAUAUAUUUUUUACAACAGUCGAUGAUUCUUGUCUUUGCAGCCGACGAACAUUCUCCUGACUCAUGAUAUGAAACCAAAGCUGUCUGGUUUUGGACUCUUUGAAAGCUUAAGGAUGGAACAGAUUCGAGUGUUUCCAGAUGUUUGGGUAGGUUAUAUGGAUCCUGAAUAUUUUAUGAGUGGCGGAAUGAGUAGCGCAAGUGACAUCUACAGUUUUGGCAUUGUCAUUCUGCAAGUUUUGUCUGCGCUGAGACUGAUACAACUUGACCUGGAUGCAAGAGAACAUCUCAAAAGAAAGGCAACCGAUGUGAACAUGGGAAAACGACCGGUGACAGAUUUUCAAGACCCCAGGAUCCGAGAAAGUAUUAUCACUGCAGAUUUUGAGUCCAUGCUGCAAACAGCAGUCCUCUGCAUAAGCAGCUCAAGCACGGCACGUCCCACGAUAGAUUUCAUCUCCGAAGAGCUGGACAAGGCUUGGAAACACACACAGCUUGAGAUGACAGCAAGGGAGGAUAAGAGCUUAUUACCGACAACACCAUGAAAAUCACUCGAGCUAGAUCGUGCAUGAGUUAGAUACGUGUGUAGUUAAUUUCUUAGUUCUUCCUUUUUGUUGAGAAUCUUUAUGUGAUGUUUCAUGCAAAUAAUCGGAUUGGAUUUCCUGUUAUAUUAUCUUUUUCAUUUCAUGUAUA